UUUCGGCUUUCGCAGUUUCGCGAGUCUAGCCGCCGUCGCUCACCUCAGUCAGCAGUCACCUCCUCUUCCCACUCCGGCGCCGGCCGUCCUUUUGCUGGCUCCACCGUCCAUCCCCCCCCCAUCAUCCUCCUCGUGAAUCUAGGAUCCAAUGAGCAACCUCGAGUGACGCCCGCUUCACCGGAGUAAGAUGGCUUCGCCGGCGGGCCUACGCCCCGCCCUGCCGCCGGCGAUACCCGGCGCCGCCGCGGUGACGGCGUGCGCCGCCAUGGCCGUGUCCUACGUCGCUGUCCUCUACGCCCCGACGGUCAUCCUCCGCUUCCCGCCCCCGACCUCGCUUCGUUCCUUCCUCCACCGCCGCUUCGCCUGCGCCGCCGUCGCCUCGACCGCCUCCGCGCUCGCCACCGCGGCGCUCCUACGCGUCUGGAGCCUCAGCAACUUCGCUGAUAUGCUCGCGGUGUUCGGCAUUAGGAAGGAUCAUUUGCUUCAGGCAGUGGUGAUUCCACUUCUCCUUACAUCCCUAGUGUAUGCUGGGUCGUUCAUUAACAGACUGUGGCUUCUUGCGAGCAUGCGGGGCGGAGAUGGUGAUGAGGUGGGGAUCGGCUGCACCCAGAGGCUUGUUCUGUGGAUCCAAACCGCCCUUGAUGAUGUAAUGGUUUGGCGGAACUAUGUAGUGGCACCAUUUACCGAGGAGCUUGUUUUUAGGGCAUGCAUGAUACCACUUCUUCUAUGUGGUGGAUUCAAAAUGUCUACAAUUAUUUUUUUUAGUCCAGUCUUCUUCAGUCUAGCACACUUAAACCAUUUGUUCGAACUACAACAGCAGGGAUGCAAUUUUGUCAGAUCGCUACUGAUUGUAGGUGUCCAGUUAGGCUACACAGUAAUCUUUGGGUGGUAUGCAGCAUUUUUGUUCAUUCGAACAGGGAAUCUGUUAUCUCCUAUUAUUGCUCACAUCUUUUGCAAUAUGAUGGGUUUGCCUGUUUUCUCAUCACCACGAACAAAAGGAGUGGCAUCGGUAGCAUCUCUGGCUGGUUCAAUAUGCUUCUUUUGGCUCCUUUUCCCUGUAACAAGUCCUGAACUGUACAACACUAGGUUAGAUCAAUGCAGAUGCUGGCAUGGUUUUUGCAAUUGGAAAUAGCGCAGAACUAGAUGGAGAGCAAUGGAUUCUGAGCCUAACUUGGAGCUACUAACCACUGAAACCCAGCAGCCACUGCUGUCAGAUUUUCCAUUUUAUAAUUCCAUAUGGGUGUUGUAAAACAUUUUUGUUGAUAUUGUUCCCUUGUUGUGGGUUAAGAGAUUAGACUUGCAAAAAAAAUUUGCAUCAGAUCAAUUGUUAAAUACGUAAUGACCAGGAAGUCCCCGAGUCAGAUCCCUUUUCAGAGUGGAAAUUCACCCUGUUGAGCUGCUUUCA